AUAUUGACUUGCAUCUUGUUAAGGACACAAAGAGAAAGCACAUGAAACCUGAGGGCAUUGAAGGAUGUGUCUCAGUAACAGAACAGGAAAUCAUCUAUGCAGAACUAAAUCUUCACCAUGCUACUGAAAAUCUUCAAAGAAAUGGCAAGUCCUGCCAGAGCGAAGGUUUUUCAUCCUCUUCAGAGAAGCUCCUUGCUGGAAUCCUGGGAAUCAUCUGCCUUGUCCUGAUAUCCCUGGUGGUAUCAGUGAUCAUUAUAACUUGUAAGCAAAAUUUGGAAAGAUUCUCAUAUAAAACUGGAGCAGAGUAAGUCCAUAUCGACAGAAGAAAUUCAGAACGCAUAUCCCUGUGGUUGUUGUCCAAAUGAGUGGUUCAAGUAUUCCCACUAUUGCUAUUACUUUGGUAAUGAAGCAAAAACAUGGAAUCAGAGUGUGGCUGCCUGUGCUUCUAAGAAUGCUAGCCUGCUUUACUUAGAUGACGCAGAA